AGAGAUCUGAGGCAAUAAAUCCGCUUCCCAUUCAGGACAUUUUAACAGUUGUGUUUCAUGGAGGUGGGGCGAGUCACCGCGUGACCCGGAAGUGCUGUCAGUAGUGCAAAAACAAUCAGGACCCUGCUUACAGCUGAGCUGUCGGCAAUUUCUGUGUGAGCCAUGUCUCAAGCACGACAGCCUCCGUUAGUUACUGGAAUCUCACCCAAUGAAGGCACACCAUGGACCAAAGUCACGAUCCGUGGUGAAAACCUGGGAAAUGGACCCAAAGACCUUAUUGGGCUGUCUAUCUGUGGGCAUAACUGUCUGCUGACUGCUGAAUGGAUGUCUGCUAGUAAGAUUGUGUGCCGCGUUGGUCCUGCUAAAGACGACAAGGGCGAGAUCAUCGUCACGACCAGGAGUGGAGGCUUAGGCACCUCUACUGUCUCCUUCAAAGUCCUCAAAGCUGAUAAGAUAGACAUUCUGGAGCAAUCUGCUGUAUGGGUAGAUGAGGUGAAUUACUACGACCUGAGACUAAACCGGAACAAAGGCAUUUCACCCCUGUCUCUGCGCCAGGCCGACCCACUGGGCAUCGAAACUGAUAAGGGAAAAUAUACUCAGAAAGAAUUGGAGAGCUGGUUUCCGGGGAUGAGCGGAGAUUUCACGAGUGAGAAUUUCUCUGCCACUUGGUACCUGAUUGAGAACCACUCUACCACCAGUUUUGAGCAGCUGCGUGUGGCAGUGGGGAAUUUGAAAAAGCAGGCAAGUAAGAAGAAUGAGGGCAGUCUGGCCUGUGUGAAAGGAGGACUUAGUACUUUCUUUGAAGCCCAGGAUGCUCUAGCAGCUAUUCAUCAAAAGCUCGAAUCAGAUGGCACAGAGAAGGUGGAGGGCUCCAUGACUCGGCAAUUAGAAAAUGUCCUCAACAGGGCAAGCAAUACAGCUGACACUUUGUUUCAGGAGGUUUUGGGCCGAAAGGAUAAAGCAGACUCGACACGCAAUGCCCUCAACGUACUGCAGCGUUUCAAAUUCCUCUUCAACCUGCCACUCAACAUUGAGCGCAAUAUUCAGAAGGGGGAUUAUGAUGUGGUCAUUAAUGACUAUGAAAAAGCCAAGUCACUGUUUGGAAACACAGAGGUUCCUGUCUUUAAAAAAGUGUAUACUGAGGUGGAAACCCGUAUCGGUGCUCUGAGGAAUCUACUGUUGGAUAAACUACUGGAGAUGCCUUCUACUCUGCAUGAUCAGAAACGCUACAUCAGGUACCUGUCAGACUUGCAUGCUUCAGGUGACCCAGCGUGGCAGUGUAUCGUGGCGCAACACAAGUGGAUACUACAGCUGAUGCAGAACUGUAAAGAAGACUUCAUUAAGGAGCAGAGAGGGGGUGGAGGACUGGAGCUGGAUGGAGAACCUCGCUCAUCAGCUCUGAGCAGAAUCAGUCACACUUCCUCCCUGAACAGAGGCGGCAGCUUCCAGACUCCUAGAGAUGACUCCUGGCAAUACAAGAGCCCUCAGCAGGUCAGAUUUGUGGAGAAGCUGUCAGACGUUGUCAUCAGUCAGUUGCCGAAUUUUUGGAAGCUGUGGAUCUCCUAUGUUAACGGCAGUCUUUUUAGCGAGACAGGGGAGAAGUCCAGUCAGGUGGAAAAGCUGAAGAAGAAUGCCCGACAGAGGCAAAAUGACUUUAAAGGCAUGAUCGAGGAGGUGACUCGGCGUUUGGUUCAGCUUGUGCGUGGUGCUCUGUUGCCCAGUAGUCUUUCUGAGAAUGAGCUGCGUAUAUAUGGAGGCUGGAACACCAACCCCCCCCUCACUGGGGCCUGGCUUACACAGACCAUACACACUGUCAGGCUGAGUCAUGAGGCUCUCUCGGCUUUAGAGAUUCCCAAUGAUUUGUUGCAGGUGAUUCAGGAUUUGCUGCUUGACCUGCGAAUGCACUGCCUGCUCAUCACCCUGCAGCACACUGCUGAAGAUGUCAAGAGACUUCCAGAGAAAGAAGACUGGAUAGUAGAUAAUGAGGGAAUCACAUCACUGCCGGCUCAGUUUGAGCAGUGCAUGGUGCAGAUGCUGCAGUCUCUCAAGGAGCCCAUGGAGUGCAAGCAUGGAGAGAUCAAUGUUUUUCAGCUGGAGCUAGCUCAGAAUAAAGCCUGUGAGCUAUGUGCAGGCAUCAUGAAGGUGUUCAUCAACUGUUUGGAGCAGCUAAGCACCAAGACGGAUGGAGACAUUGAUACUUCCCAUUUGUCUGUGGAUAUGACAUCCCCUGAUUUCUUUGGGAGCAUUUACGAAGACUUUGGUCCAUCAUCAGAACAGCGCCUUCUUAUAAUUCUGAGUAAUUGUCAGUAUUUGGAGAGACACACCUUCCUUAACCUUGCUGAGCACCUGGAGAAACACGGUUUUACCACAGCUGAAAAGAUUACCAGAGUGAGCACUGAGGCAGUUCGUGAGUUGGAUGAACGACUACUAGAGUCGUACAUUGAGAAGAAGUCUGAUCCCAUAGUGGGCUCUCUGGAGCCAGGAAUUUAUGCAGGCUACUUUGACUGGAAAGACUGCCUACCACCAACAGGGGUACGGAGUUAUUUGAAGGAAGCUUUGGUCAGCAUCAUCUCUGUUCAUGCUGAGGUGUUCACUAUUUCUAAGGACUUGGUUUCACGGGUUCUGUCUAAGAUUGUGGAAUCUGUGGCUGAAGAGAUGAGUCGUCUAAUGCAGUGUGUGUCAAGCUUUAGCAAGAACGGUGCACUGCAGGCACGUUUGGAAAUCUGCGCACUGAGGGACGCUGUAGUUUGUUACUUGACUCCAGACAGCCAAGCUAGCUUCAAGCAAGCAGUCGAGGCCCUGCCACAGCUUCACAGUGGAGCUGACAAGAAGCUGUUGGAGGAGUUGUUGAACAAGUUUAAGAGCAGUAUGCAUUUUCAGCUCACCUGUUUCCAGCCUUCAAAUGUUCAGCCCAUCAAAAGAUAAGCCAAUGAUAUAUAACCUUUACCUUGUGCUUAAACACUAAUCUACAGUGCCAAGCAUUUCACUCCACCAUAGUACAUGACUAAAAAGUUUAUUAUACUCCUAAUACUUGAAUUUUGUCAACUGGCUGUAAUGUCCAUUAAAAUAUAUCCACACUCAAACAAUUGUGUCAAACAAUGAUGUGUGUAGAUUCAGGGAAAAUACAAGUGUGGUCCAUCACAGAUGUACAACGGAUACCAUUCAAAUCUUGGUCAACAUCAGAAUUAGCGGCCCCCUUAAAGAUGAGUCAUUGCACAGUUUUGCUGGUUUAGUCAAAUUACUCCUCAACAUUUCUUUGACAAUAAUUAUUCUCAAAAGGCCAUUUCAAUAGAAGUAUGCAUUCAAAAACACCGUUUAUAGACGAUAAAAAUAUGAAAUAGAUGAAAAACCUGUGGUCUAACUGAAAAGGGCAUUAAACAAGUAUUACCCUAAGAAUAGAAAAAACUGGAGAUGCAGAUGGUUGAAGUUUGGGUUUUUUAUGUUAUACUCAUGUUAAAUUUUAAUAACAGUUACAGGACUUAUUUUGCCAGGGAGGGUAGAGGAGCCUAUAGUUGUGAAUUUGACUGUGUAUAUUACAUAUAUAUUAGAAAACUAAUGAAAUGUUUGCAUUUGUAAUAUUAAUAAAAUUGUCUCAGUGAGUAAUAUUCUGUAUAGUUGAACUUUGCUCAUCCAUCCUUGCCUCCACCAUCAGCACACACCCUGUCUGGUGAGGAUGGAUACACACCCAGUCUAGUAUCAUUCAGAAAGUUUCACACCCUGUCCCUCCCCACCAUAUAGGACUCUUGCUGCAUCAUUGGGGCAAGGAUUUUCUAACUGAAAUUAAAAGAUUUCUGUUGAUCAGCUGCUUUAUAAAGAACAUCAGUUGAUAUGUUAGACCUUUGUGAUGUCUUACUAUUAAAAAGUAAUUUUGUUUAACACAA